CCUCAUUUCUGUUGUUUUUAUUUUAUUUUUUCCCUCUCUGUAUUCUCUCGACCUUCUUUUAUCUUUCGCCUUCAUCACUUUAUUCAACUGCAGUUUUAUCAAAUGGCUUACCAUCUUAACAAUGACAACGACCUUGACGGCCUCGAAGUCGACGCAGCAACUGAUCAUGUCCAAAUUUCCCAUCCUAGGCCAGCGAUCGUGAGCCAUGCCUUGACAGGACAUUCUUUUAGUCUCGGACGAAGUUAUGUGGAAGCAGAGUCGCCCCAUGCUCGCAAGCCUUCGCCUAUCGAUUUUGAUGGACUUAGCUUUCCCAGUAUUGGUGCACGUGAGCGUCGAGAAGAUACAGAAGAGUCGCGUGCACUCAGGAUCGAGAAAAUUGCUGGAGCUGUGCGCACAAUCCUAGAAUGCAUUGGGGAGGAUCCAUACCGUGAGGGUCUCCUUAAGACCCCGGAGCGCUAUGCAAAGGCGCUCAUGUUCUUCUCGAAGGGCUAUGAAGAGAGCGUUACUCAUCUCAUGAACAAGGCUCUUUUCCAAGAAGAUCAUGACGAGAUGGUGAUCGUCAAAGACAUCGAUGUAUUUUCCCUUUGUGAACAUCAUAUGGUUCCAUUCACUGGAAAGAUUCACAUUGGAUAUAUCCCUGAGAAUGGUAAAGUCGUUGGAUUGAGCAAGAUUGCUCGCUUAGCCGAGAUGUUCAGUCGUCGUCUUCAGGUGCAGGAACGUCUGACCAAGCAGGUCGCAGUGGCCUUGCAGCAACUCUUGAGCCCUCAAGGGGUUGCUGUCGUCAUGGAGGCCAGCCAUUUCUGCAUGGUGAUGCGUGGAGUUCAGAAACCUGGCAGCCAAACAAUCACUAGCUCCAUGUUUGGAGUUUUCCGCGACAAUGCAAAGACAAGAGAAGAAUUCCUUUCAUUGAUUAGACGCCGUGGUAUCUAAGACAGAGUACGCUGGACGGACUUUCUAUAAUGUCAUUUAAGACAACAUAAUAUAUAUAUAUAUAUAUAUAUAUACAUGACUGAAAUAUAGAUUCAUG